AUGAAACGUGGCUACAAGGGCCACUUCUUCCUGUUCGAGCAGGGCACGUCGGAGGAAACGCUGAUCGACAAGAACCCCACAGACGUCAAUCCUGGCACCAUGGCGGCAAUUGGCGUGAUGUUCGACCUCUGGAGCGACCUGCUAGGCGACCGGAACAUCACCCACUUCGAAGGCUGCCGGCCAUCACACGCACGGUUGCUGACUGGCGAUGUGAAAUGCUGCUGCCUGCGUCGGAUAGGUGGUGGCUCACACGCAGAGACAUCCACCGCGACGGCCCGCAAUGCGCUGAGCAGUGUGUCAGCUGGGGAGCCUUGCAUCAAGAUUAUUGCGGGAGGUCGGCACGUUGCCGACUUGAUGUAUGUGGAAUCUGAAGGCGGAAACGCCUACCACCAGGGACAGACCGAGAAGUGUGAGCCUAUGUGCGGCAGCACCGGCAGCAUGCUGAGAAAGAAGCAGGCCAAGUUGGAUGCGACACCGGGGAAAUCAAUCCAGAGCGGCCGCAACAGCGGCAUAACCACCCUGACCCAGCUCAACUCGAUCAUCAUGGGCCAUGCCAAGACGCAGAUCAUUCUGGCCGGGUCACACCUAGGUCUCUUCGAGUUCCUGCACAAGACUCCAGGUCAGACGAAGGCUGCUAUCGAGAAGGCGACUGACCUCAAGCGCGACGAUGGUAGCACACGGCCCAUCGAUGUGCUGCUGCUAGGGACGACUUCCUUGGGACUGACCAUCCUUGACAAGCGGGACAAGACGUAUCGAAAUUGCCAGAUCAUCGAGGACUUAUUCGAGUCCGGUGGCUGGCACACCAUCGCAGAUCUCAUUGACUUCGAGGGAGUGAUCAAGUACAAGGGGGAGUUCCACUUCGUGGAGUCCCUUAGGCAGGAUACAGCCGUGGGCCUCAAGGAGUGGCCCGGCACAGCGGACAAUCUGUAUGCUCGAUUCCCUGACACGCCAGGGUCGCAGAAGAUCUUCUACGACAUGAUGAAUUCCUUUACCAGCAUGUCAAUUCCCUGCUUGUCCAACCACUCCAUGGUCAUCCGGACUGCGAAGAAGAUGCUCGAUGUGGGCGGAGGGGCUGGACACGGAGCUAUCUACUUGGCAAAGAAGUUUGAGAAGCUGAACAUCACCCUCUGGGUGUCCCUGUGCAUGUUUCCACUUCCUCCGCGAUUUCUCCAGGGAGUGUCUAGAAGGUUCGUCGGGGAAAUUCAUGAAGGGCUUCUGUAG